AGAACGAAACAAAAAUCAGACGAUCUCAAACAAUUGUGGAAAAAAGUACGGAAUAAGAUGAACUUUGCUGGCAAAGUAGUUCUGAUCACUGGAGCUUCAUCGGGUAUCGGUGCUGCUACAGCUGUGAAAUUCGCCCAACUUGGUGCCACUUUGGCAUUGAAUGGUCGCAAUGUGGAAAAUUUAGAAAAAGUAGCUAAGUUGUGCGCCAACGAAGGAAAGAAACAAACACCCCAACUGGUGGUGGGCGACAUUUCCAAGGAAGCGGAUACGGAACGCGUUUGGCAAGAAACUUUGAAGAAACACCAACGCCUCGAUGUUUUGGUCAACAAUGCCGGUAUUAUUGAAACGGGAACAAUCGAAAAUACCAGUUUGGAACAAUUUGAUCGUGUCAUGAAUACAAAUCUUCGAUCCAUAUAUCAUUUGAGUAUGUUGGCUGUGCCGGAAUUAAUUAAGACCAAAGGCAACAUUGUCAAUGUGUCCAGUGUUAAUGGCAUUCGUUCUUUCCCCGGUGUCUUGGCUUAUAAUAUUUCUAAAAUGGGUGUAGAUCAAUUUACACGUUGUGCCGCCUUGGAAUUGGCUGCUAAGGGUGUACGUGUCAAUUGUGUUAAUCCCGGUGUGACUGUGACUAAUCUACACAAACGUGGUGGUAUGGAUCCGGAAACGUAUGCCAAAUUUUUGGAACAUUCUAAGACAACACACGCUUUGGGUCGUCCUGGUACUGCUGAUGAGGUGGCUAAUGCCAUUUGUUUCUUGGCAAGCGAAUUGGCAUCGUUCAGUACCGGUGUUAGUUUGGCUGUUGAUGGUGGCCGUCAUGCCAUGUGUCCUAGAUAA